GUCGCGCACCCCGCGCGCUCGGGAAAUGCUUCCGGACGCCCAGCUGAGACUCGGAUACCCGCGGCUGCGGUCCUCGGAGGCCGUCCCCAGCUGACAGCUGUGAGCGACAGAGACUCGGAGCUCUGCCCGCCACACCGGCUCCUCCCGCGUCCGCCUGGCACCGGGGGCACUGCCCGCGCGGCUCGGGGCGGACAGGACUUAGCUCUCAGGCCAGUGAGGCAGGAGAUACGAAGACUUCCAAAGAAGGACCAGUUCCUCGGAUGUGCCCCCUCAAAGAGAGAUGAAGGGGCAGCAGAAAACAGCUGAAACGGAAGAGGGGACAGUGCAGAUCCAGGAAGGUGCAGUGGCCACUGGGGAGGACCCAACCAGUGUGGCUAUCGCCAGCAUCCAGUCAUCUGCCACCUUCCCUGACCCCAACGUCAAGUACGUCUUCCGAACUGAGAAUGGGGGCCAGGUGAUGUACAGGGUGAUCCAGGUGUCUGAGGGGCAGCUGGAUGGCCAGACUGAGGGAACUGGUGCCAUCAGUGGCUACCCUGCCACUCAGUCCAUGACCCAGGCAGUGAUCCAAGGUGCGUUCACUAGUGAUGAUGGAGUUGACACAGAGGGAUCAGCUGCUGAGACGCACUAUACUUACUUCCCCGGCACUGCUGUGGGAGACGGAGCGGCAGGAACCACGUCGGGGAGCCCAGCAGCUGUUGUUGCCACCCAGGGCUCGGAGGCACUGCUGGGACAGGCCACCCCUCCUGGCACCGGUCAGUUCUUCGUGAUGAUGUCACCACAAGAAGUGCUGCAAGGAGGAAGCCAGCGCUCCAUCGCCCCCAGGACUCACCCUUACUCCCCGAAGUCAGAAGCCCCCCGGACGACUCGGGAUGAGAAGCGCAGGGCUCAGCAUAACGAAGUGGAGCGACGCCGCCGGGACAAGAUUAACAACUGGAUUGUGCAGCUGUCCAAGAUCAUCCCAGACUGCUCCAUGGAGAGCACCAAGUCUGGCCAGAGUAAAGGUGGAAUUCUGUCCAAAGCCUGCGAUUAUAUCCAGGAGCUUCGGCAGAGUAAUCACCGGUUGUCUGAAGAGCUGCAAGGGCUCGACCAGCUGCAGCUGGACAACGACGUGCUCCGCCAGCAGGUGGAAGACCUCAAAAACAAGAAUCUGCUUCUCCGUGCGCAGCUGCGGCACCACGGCGUGGAGGUGGUCAUCAAGAACGACAGCAACUGACUCUGGGUGUCCCGUCCUGGAACGGCAGAAAGCCCAGGAGCAGCAGGCUCACCCUGUGCCCAUUCCUUCACUGCCCGCCUGGCAGGAGCCUGGGAUGAGUUCAGAGGGCGUGUCUGGACAGCAGCGAUGUGGAGCACAGGCGCACGGACAGCCUGCCAGCCCGUGUGCAGCCCGGGCCUCUCGCUCGGUGCCCGCGCUGUGUCCUUGCUGGAUACUGGACACGCAUGUGGGACUUGCCCUGUGCCUGCUCACAGCACCAGCAGAGUGUCUGUUGGCAGGGGACGCCCUGGCUGCCUCCAGACUCUGCGCUUCCAUUGUUCUCCCUUCCCCUGGAGCUUAGGUGUGCACUCCGGGACGCCAGGGAGCAGGCUUUCCCGAGAAGUGGAAGGAAGGAGCGUCGGCCACUGGCCCAGGAAGAGAAGGCUGGGCAGCAGCUGAGCUCAUACAGAAGUAGGGUGAACCACAGGUGGGGCCCACAUGGGGCCUUUCUCCUUGUGGAGAUGGUUCUCCCCCCUUUUCUUUCUUUUUUUUUUUAAAGAUAAAAUGUUUA